UCGACGUUCGGCCAGUCGUGCGGCAAUACUCGUGCAUAAUGUCGUCCAAGAGCAUAUUUAUCUGUCUAUCAUUAUGUUAUAUCGUUAACGAAGUCUACGGUCAAGUAGCCUCAUUGUGUAGAGCAAACGAGCGUUUUUUGGAAUGCGGCUGCCGUAAAACGUGUCGGAACCCAGCGCCGAACUGCAGAGCGAUGUGCAUUACCGGCUGCUUCUGCGAGGAGGGACAAGUUAACAACGACAACGGGGUCUGCGUGAACUUAGCCGACUGCCCUCAAGCCGCUUCCGCAUACAAGCUGCAAACAACAGAACCACGAUUCGAUGGAGGAAAGUGCCCUCAAAAUGAGGAGUACAAAUUCUGCGAGCCCUGUAACAGGACUUGCGAGAAUCCGUUCCCGGUGUGUCCAGCGCAGUGCGCCCGAGGAUGUUUCUGUAAAGACGGUCUGGUGAGGGACAAAGACGGAAAAUGCGUGGAAUUGGAACAGUGCUCAAACUUAAAGCAUCUUAAGCUUGGAGAAAACUACAAACAGCCAAUCCCUUCCCGCGUCAACUGCGGUCCCUAUCAAGUGUACAAGAAGUGUGGCACCUGUGACAAAACCUGCAGUAAUCCUAACCCUGUGUGCAACCAAACCUGUCAGAGAGGAUGCUUCUGCCAAGAGGGCUAUGUUAAAUCUGUUCACGGAAGCUGCGUUAAACAGGAAGAUUGUCCUGAUGGUUCGUAGACGGAGCAAUAUGUUCGAUAUUCGCAAACACUGAUAUUCUUAAACUUCUUUUCAUUAAAUAGAAUUUUUAGUAUUUUUCUGAAUCGAUAUAAAACAAAUGGCGUUCUUAUUUAGUCUACUUCUAUUAUCUCUGUAUCAAAAAAUCUGUAAACAAUUUCAACUCUACGCUUUAGUUCGUUUUUAACUGCUAAUUUUAUACUAUACCGAUACGCUAGCGCUCUUUUGGUGUGUUUUUGAAUUCUAAUUUAUAGCCGUCAGCGUAAAAGUGACCUAAGCUUACCAUAGUUAGUAUGGAGAUAAUGGGGUAUGAAUUUACUUUUACAUGGCUUCGUAGCCAAAAACAAUCCGAAAAAAAAUUAUGUUUACAAAGCCAUCUCUUAUCUAUGUGUAAGUAAAACAUAAACCAUUUUUGCAUCAAAAUUUAUUACGUUUUAAAUAAAUUGCAAUAUAUAAGCACCAAUAUGGAAAAUUGUGUGCUAGUCCACUUUUACGCUGACGGCCAUAUUUGUUACUUACAAUUGGAUACUUUUUCAACUUGUCUCCUAUAUCAGAUACUUUUUCUAAGCUAGUGUAGUCCAUACUUUUUCUGCUUUGUGUGUUUUUUCUGAUGUUCUAGCUAAUGCAAGCAAACGCUAUUGAUGUAAAAAAAAUCUUACUUGAUUGUCUGUGAUGUAUUGAUCUAUGUUACGAUGUCUUGUAAUUAUUGUGAUUUUAACAAAACAAAAUAAUAUUAAAGCACAAAAUUUAAUACGAGCACUUUAAAUUUGUAUGUAAAUAUGUGUAGAAUUAUUUUUAGCCAUAUUGUAUUUAUUAAUGUUGAAUA